AUGCGCAGACAUCUUGCCUUUCAGCGUUCAGAUGAUUUACAGAUAUAUCUGAAAACGACCACUCCUUCCCAUGUCUAUUAUUCAACCGCCUUCUAUGCUCAUCCUGCUGCUCCGAAUAUGCAGGAUAAGGAGUGGCUUGGUGCAGAACUGAUUUUUGAUUUGGAUGCCGAUCAUAUACUUCAUGCCGCGUAUGAUGUUAUGCUUGCUAGGGUUAAGGAAGAUCUUCUCAAGUUAAUUGAUAUGCUGACACAGGAACUGGGAUUUAAUCGGAAUGAUUUGCAUAUUAAUUUUUCAGGAGGAAGAGGGUAUCAUAUCCAUAUUCCUUUGAUGUCGGUUCGGGGGUGGUCAAGUUCGGAACGGCGUGAACUGACAAAUUAUGUUUCGGGUACGGGGAUUACUUCGACGGUUAUGUUUGACGAGGGUCACUAUGCCGGGUGGAAACAGCGGUUUACUGAAGCGGCGAUUGAGGAACUUACGUAUCUCUCUUCCUUACCUCCCGCAGAAGCACAGAGUGCCCUUAUGGGUCUGUCGGGAUUUACGGAAAAAACGUCUCUACACUUUUGUAAAACGAUACCUCAUCUUCUCGGAAGAAUUAAGGAAAAUCCAUCUGCUUUAAAGAAUAAUACUUUACUGAAGACCAUAUUGUCUCCGGAACUUAAUUCGGCAUUUCGGGAACGCAUUCUUGCGCGUUCUGCUCAGACGGAUGAACCGGUGACAACGGAUAUCAAACGUCUGAUACGGUUUCCCGGUUCACUUCACGGAGGGUCGGGAAUGCGGGUAGUUCCUAUUGAUAUUGGGGAUAUUGACGAGUUUGAUCCGCUUGUCGAUGCAGUAGUAUUUGAUGAAAGCCCGAUUACGGUGACCUGUAAUUUUCCAUUAACCAUGCAAAUGCUGGGAAAUACCUAUACGCUUGCAAAAGGAAAUACGGGUGUGAUGUAUAAUAUGACGAAACUCACGAUUUCUGAUUUACAUGGGUAUAUCCUUGAUGAACGAAGUAUUGGUUCUCUUGGUGAGAUUCCCGGAACUCUCUAUGAACAGGUUGCGCUUGAAAUUGCGCGGAUUGGUCAGGAAGUUUCGACGUCGAAGGAAUUCUUUUCUGAGGGUUUUUCAUCGUUAUAUAAAGAACGUGAGAGUCUGCGCGAACUUCUGCGUGAACUUUAUGCGUUGCGCACAAAAAAAAUUGUUAAUAUUGCUUAUGCUGCGGCAAAUGGGGAAGAGGUUGAUAGAAAUCAGUUGCGUAUGAUGGUGCGGGGAGAACGUGCUCUAUAUGAUGUUGUUUAUGAUUCAUGCUGUGCAUGUAGAAAUAUUCUUUUAGAAGGAAAACAAAUAUUAGAAGUCACUGCUUACAAUUAUGCCGCUCCGGAAUCUCCGGUAAUUGAGGACGCUUCACCCGAUAUUGAGGAAAUUCCGGCGGAAAUGGACAAUUUGACUGAAAUUGUCCCGGAAUCCGAUGCGUGCCGUGCAGAAACUGCUCCAGAGUCCAAUCGUGUUGUAGCGAUUCGAUCAGCCAUAUCAGAAUUCCAGGAUCUAUCUGGAAGGAUUUAUUCUCUUUCGCCAGGAGAUGUUGUAUCCCUGCCACAGCAAAUGGCAGAUAUUCUGUGUAAAGACAACAAAGCAUUAAGUAUUCGUAUUCGCUAA